UUAUGGUCAGUCUUAUUUUCGGUGUGGUGGUCGAUUCAUCAGUUUUCUUGAGAUUGUUUGCUAAAUAUACGCGGGAAGCCGCAUUAUUGAGGAUAAAAUGAGUGUUGAAGAAGAUGUAAUGAAAAUACAGAAAAAACUCACAAAGAUGACUUCUGAUGACGGCACGGGACAAGAAGAAGCACUGGAGUUAUUAAAAAAUCUACAGACAAUGGCCAUAAAUUUAGAUGUGCUCACCAAAACUCGGAUUGGAAUGACUGUAAAUGCUCUUCGCAAAUCCAGCAAGGAUGAUGAGGUUAUAUCCUUGUGUAAGACUUUGAUUAAGAACUGGAAAAAAUUCUUAUCCACUACACCAUCAAAAGAUUCAGGGAGCUCCUCAAAGAAAAAAGAUUCUAAAGAUAAGGACAAGAGGGAUGACAAAGAUAAAGACAAGAAGCUGCCAGCCUCCUUCCCUCCCAACUCUAACACCACUGAUGCUGUGCGUAUCAAGUGCCGGGAGCUCCUCACGCAGGCCCUCAAGGUCGAUGGAGAGAACCCCAACUCCUGUGCACCUCCUGAUGAACUUGCCGAGGAGUUGGAAGAGUGCAUUUACAUGGAAUUCAAAAACACUGACAUGCGGUACAGGAACAGAGUGCGCUCUAGAGUGGCUAACUUAAAGGACCCAAAGAAUCCUACUCUGCGCACAAAUUUCUUGAAUGGUGUAAUCUCAGCUUCCCGUCUUGCCAAGAUGACACCAGAAGAAAUGGCCAGUGAUGAGAUGAAAAAGCUGCGUGAGAAGUUCAUCAAGGAAGCCAUUGACGAUGCUCAGCUGGCCACUGUACAGGGAACCAAGACGGAGAUGCUCAAAUGUGGUAAGUGUAAGAAGAAGAACUGCACAUACAACCAGCUUCAGACGCGGAGCUCUGAUGAGCCGAUGACCACAUUUGUUCUGUGUAAUGAAUGUGGCAAUCGCUGGAAAUUCUGUUAAGACUGUUUCUCCAAUAAUCCUAUAAGAAGUGUGUGUCCCAUCACUCUAUGAUACUCAUAUUGUAUCAUGUUGUAAUGUUUUACUAUGAAAUGUGAGUUAUUUGGUUUUUUUAAACUAUAUUGACCUAACUGCUAGAAUUAACUAUGCAAUCAAGUAGUUAAGGCAUACUUAGAUUAACUUAAAUAAAUUAAUGUGGCUUAAGUGAA